AGAAAUUUGGAGUAUCACUCUUCUUAUUUUUGCAAAUUUUUUUUUUCUUUUCCUUUCUUAUUUAUUUAUUUAUUUUUUUUUGACAAAAAAGGCAAAUUUCUUAAAGAAAGCAAAAGCAGAAGAAUAUUUUUGUUUUAAAGAACAAAAACAUAUCUGAAGUCCAACAGUAUCAAAAUUUAGAAACCCUAGCCUCGUUCAGACUCAAAACUGUGAAAUUAAUCUUUAAACCCAACAAAAAAAGGAUAAGGGCUUUGAGCAAUGGCGGAAGAGACGGCGAUGAAUGGAAUCGAUGAUCAAGCGACGGAGAAUUUCUACGAUUCCGAUCAGACGGCGGAGCUGACCCAAAAGGUUGAGACUUUGGAACAAGAGAAGCGGAAAUUGGCUGCAGAGAAUGAAGAAGCGAAAGAGAAGAUUAAGAAAUUGACGAUUGAGAUCGAGAAGGGGAAAACCGAUGAGGCAGAGCUGAAAGAGAAGCUUAGAGAGAUGGAGAAGGAGAUCGAGAGUUUCGAAGAGGAUAAGAAGGCGUUGGGAGCGAUCGCAGGGAGAGCGGCGGAGUUGGAGACUGAAGUUUCGAGGCUCCAACACGAUCUGAUCUCCACCAUGUCCGAAGGCGAGGCUGCGGGGAAAGAGGUUUCUGAGCUUAAGGGGGUUUUAAGUGAGAAAGAAGCGAAGAUUGGGAGCAUUGAGAGUGAGUUGGAGAGCUUGAAGACGACCAAAGCCGAGAGCGAAAAGAGGGUAAGGGAAUUGGAGAGGAAAAUUGGGGUUUUGGAGAUGAAGGAGAUUGAGGAAAAGAGCAAGAGAGUUAGAGCUGAGGAGGAUAUGAGGGAACAAAUUGAGGAAUUGGAGAGGCAAAAAGUUCAAUUGAAUAAAGUAAUUGAGGAGUUGGAAUCUCAGGUUUCUAAAACUGGGGCUGAAGCUGAGAAGUGUGUGAAGGAGAGAGUGACUGUUGAGGCUGCCCUUAAAGAAUCAGAGGAGAAAGCUAAGGCAAUGGAGUCUAAGGUUCAUUACUUGCAGAAGGAGGUGGAGAAGGCCGAAACGGUUGUUAGGGAAGUAAAUGACAGGACUGUGAAGGUUGUUAAUGGUGCUGUGGAUGAUAUGUUUAAUGGGAAAGAAGAGAAGGGUUUGAAUUUGCAAUGGCCUGUUGUUGCAGGGUCUGCUGGAGCAGCCAUUGUUGUUGGUGCUGCUGUGCUCUUUGUGUUGUACGGAAGGCGUCGGUGAAUCGAUUACAAUUUGAUUUGAUUAGAGAGAAUAAUGCAGGGAAAAGGAACUGAAAUUGGGGAAGGAAGCUAAGAGAGGUUAGAGCUUUCUUGAUAUGAUUCUCAUAAAGUUUCAAUUUUGUUAGGAGCUUUAGUGGUUGCUUAUUUUGUUGGUUUUGUUAUUGAGUAUAUGGAUUAUGGGUAGCUCUAAUUUAUGGAGUGCUUUGUCCUUGCAGUUUUUCUUCACUUCGUUUGUGACUAUAAUUAUGUCAGUUCUCUUGGUUAUAUUGAUACAGUAUUAUUAUCAACUUCAAGCCAUGUUGAAUUGCUUGAAAAACUCUUGAAUGUAACACACUGAGAUAUACUAAACUUAUUUUUCUUUAUUCUUAAUAAUAAUUAUUGUUAUAGUA